GAAUCCGUUUUGAACAGGCAUCUUUUAGUACUGGAGUCACUAAGGCUUUCAUAGCUUUGGCUGUUACGUAACUUUUUUUUGUACAGGAUCAAAGUUAUAUUUAAUCAAUAAAAAAAUACAAUUUCUGUUGCACUAGUAUGGUACAAGUACGCGAAAGGGAAAGCCUAAACAACCCGUCGUCCAGGGAGUAUAUGACAUGUUGUUUUGUUUGCGGCGAAAGGAAGGCGUUAUGGGUGUUAAAUUCAAAGGUGAGCAGUGAAAAUAAACCGUUUUUUCCUUUCUUAUUAUAUCAAAAGACACCUCCAGAUGCAUGUGCAUUAGACAUUAAUGGAAGAUGUCUUUCAUGCAAUGUGUGUUAUCUCUUUCUGAUGCAACAAUGGAACGCAUAUGAAAUCAACCACACUCCAAUUCUUAAAAGGUUAUACUGGUUGAAGAGGCCUGCGGAUGAAUACAUAGAUGUUGACGAUGCUGAUAAAGAUUUUAGCAAGAAUAUUAAACCCCUGGAUACUUCUUCAGUAAAUUCAACAAAAAUUGAAACCUUUCCAAAUGCUAGAAACACUGGUGAUGAUUUUUGCCAAAUUUGUUAUUCUAAAGGGAAGCAUGUAUUUUUGAAGUCAGUGUUUACAGUGCCACAAAAAUCAUCUGACAUUCCGUUUUAUCCUGGACUAGUAAAAGAUGGAAUAGGUGGCAGUAUUUCUGUAUGUGUUACUUGUGAAUCAAAACUUUUAAAGCAAUGGUUGGAGUUUGAACGAAAAAAAGUUCCUUUAAUUGACAGAAAUUAUACCAUUAGUUUGGAGCUGCAAAAUAGUAUGUCAGAUAUCAAAACAUGUUAUUUGUGUGAGGAUAUGUUAUCUACAGAUAACAGUCAACCUUUAUUCUGUAAAAAUGUAAAUCAAGGUCCAUACUAUCCAUUUCUUUUGAAUCUUACUGUUCCAAAGGAUGCAAUUCCUUUAAAUAAUCAAGGAUUCACCUUUUGUUGUGGAACGUGUAAGUCUUUUCUAAAAGAACAAUGGGAUGCAUUUGAAGGUUCAAAUGUUUGCCAGGAAGAGCGUGUUUACCGAACUAAAAUUGAACAACGACCAUUAUUAACUUCAAGUUUCAACAUUCAUACAAUAGUUGCAUGCUUUAUUUGUUCCAGUAAAAGCAGUAUUGGAAAUUUGAAAAGAAUCUAUUGUAAUUCUGGUGCUAAUAUGAAUAUGGGAUUUCUGAAAAGAUUUCCCAAAAAUGAAGAUGGAUUUUUCUGUGAGGAAACAGGUGAAACAUUUGUUUGUUGUUCCUGUUUUGAGGAAUUAAAACAGCAUUGGUAUAAAUACAGAGCCAGCAAGUUUGAUGAUGAAGGUGACAAUUUACCACUUCAUGCAACAGACACGUGUGAAAUAUGUUUCCAAAGAAGAGUCACAGAUCGUAAACUUCAUUUUUUUCCAAGUGAAAAGGAGGGGAAGAUUAUCCCCUACUUUCCACAGUUAAAAAAGCUAAGAUCUGUUGGCAAUUUUAAGCCAAUAUCAUCUUGUCAACUUUGUGCAAUAAAUUUGAUGAAACAAUGGUUACAGUAUGAAAAAACAAACAUUGAUCUCCAGAAUCGAGUAUAUCGCUUUGACAGAUUUAUAUGCUAUGUCUGUGAUAGCAUGGUUUUUUGUAAAGAUCUCUAUUUAGGCAAAAGAAACAAUAUUAAAAAAGAUGUUAAAGUUGAGCAGAGUUCUUGUGCUGUUAUGAUUGAAGAUGAAGUUGUGGUUUGUUUGAAAUGCAAACAAGAAUGUUUUGAUGAAGAACAGAGAGAACAAAUUGACAUAGAUACUACGAACAAAAGUGAAAGUUCGAAGGAAACUAGAGAGGAACAGCGAGAGCUUGAUAUGAAGGCUACAGCCACUGUUCCGCCAUUUUUAAAUUUCAGUGUGCGAAAUCACCAUCAAGAACAAGCAAACACAGUAACCACAUCCGCUGAAGGUGGUUUUGCUGCAGCGUUGAGAAAGCUUGCACAACAAGCCCCAGGCUUCCCUGCACCAGUAUCGCAUCGCGAGAUGAGACAAAAAUCACCGCCAACAAAAAAUGCUGAAAUGAUAUCUCCAGUGCUUCUUCCACAUCAUUCAAUGCACCCUGGAUCAUACAUUAGUGGAGCACCUAUUAUGGCACCCAUUCCUCAUAGCUUUCCAAACUCUGAGAAAACAGAGUUAUUGAUGAAAUCGCCUUAUGGUCAUUCUCAUGAAUCACAUAAGGAAUUAUCAAGUCGCCCACCUGUCCCUGGAAUUUUUCAAUUUCAUGAAAGAGAAGAGCAUCAUCAUCAUCGAUCAAAAGAGAGAUAUGAACUUCAUGCCAGGAAACCUUUUGAACAAGCUCAGUUUUCAUCUGCAGCAUCUUCAGCUGGUGUUGUGUUGAAUAGUUCUUUGAAGGAGAGACCUUCAAGUAGCAUAGGAUUAGUACAUCCACAACCUGCUCGAAAACACCACGACGAGGAGAACAAUUCAAGUGUUAUGAACUCUAUACAUUAUAAUCACCGUGAAACUGCUAUGCGUUCUUUGUCACCAGCAGACAUCCAACGCUACGCUCCAUUUGUUGGGAGACAUCACUCACAAAGCUCUCAACCAUCUUGUCCUGUCCAUGGUCAUGAACCAGGACAUCAGCACGAUGAGCAAGCCUGUAGACCACCUGGUUUGAACUUCGAUCCAGCUCGUCUACCACGUGACUUUGCUCUACAUGCACAACAUCCAAGGUUGAGGGAGGAAAUACAGUUACUGCAACAGCAUGGAAGACAUCCGUUAGAGCGAAAAGACAUUUUGCAAUCUCAUCAUGCACUCGAAGAAGACUUGCGAAGGAGGGGUUUGGACUAUAGAUGGGGACUCCCCCCUCACUUGUUAGAUGAGACAUAUCGACGUCAUCUUCUGAAUGGCGGUCAUGAACACAGUGGGUUUAAGGAGCCGCCACACGGAUUAUAUCUUCCUCCUCAUUUUUACUAUGGUGGAAGAGAUUACCCUCUACCUGGAGAUCAAUACAUUUCGCACGGGUUACCCAGUCAAGCUGAAAUGCUUCAUCGACAUGCACCUGUAAGUCCAAGACUAUUAGAAUAUUAUCGGAGAGGCGACCACGGUUUUGCGGAGCGCACGACGCGCAACGAUGUAGAAGCUGAGCGGAGACACGAAGAAAGACGUGAGAAAGAGAGGAGUAGUAUUCCACACACUCCAUCGCUGGAGUCCUUAAAGAGAAAGAAUGAAGAAAUCAUGUUAGCUGAACGGAAAAGAAAUGAUGAAGAGAAAAUGAAUCGGGAGCUGGUCAACAACCGACCUAAAUUGCCAUUUAUCAAAGGAUUAGAUUACCAGCGAAACACACAAAAACUUAAUGAUAAACCACUUGAAGCAAACUCAAUUGACUCCUUAUUGAAACUUCCUGAUUCAAAGACCGAGUUAGCAGCUGCUAGUAUACUUGCCAACAUGAACCGUAUUAACCAAUCGCCGUCUUCUGACGAUGUUGAAAGUCUCAACAGUAGUAGCGGAACUGAAAACCAUUCACUGAAGCCGCUACCUCCGAAAUUAGAAGAAACAGAAAAUGAUACGGAACAAUCUGAGGAGAAACUACAAUACAUGUUAUCACUCGGUCUUGUUUCACACUCACGAAAGAGAGUUUUAGAGGAUGAUUACGAUCGUAAAAGAUGGGAUCGCAAAUUUCGCAAAUUUCGUGGAAGGCCUAAAAAAAGAUCGAAACGAGAGAACACGGAGGAGAGCAGUUUAAACGGAGAUGCCCGACCUGGAUCAGACUUAGAUUUUUACAGUGGUCCAAUGACUCGCCACAAGCAACAGCUGCUCCAAGAACAGGAAACUCUACUGGAACAAAUACAAAAACGACACAGCAUAGACACCAAUGAAGAUAAUAAUAAUAAUAACAAUAAUAGUAAUAAUGAAAUUCAUAGUGAAACUAACAAUGAUAGUAAACAUAAAAAUCGAAAAUCACCUCGAAAUUCUCCCAACAAGGAAUCACGCUCCCCGUUUGUGGUUUCCACUGACAAGAAUACUACCCAGUUAGAAGAAGUUAACAAUUCAUCAAGAUCAAAUCAAUUCACGCUCACCUCUAAUCACGAUAAUUUAUCAUUUAACAACCGUACGCAUGCGCAAGAAUCCAAACAUAGUUUAGAACAAUCGCGUCUAGUAACCAUGCUUCGAGACGGCAACUCUUACCCGCAGAAGCCUAAUAAACACGAAAGAAUGUACCAAAGACCACAAUCAAGUCAACAUCGUGACCCUGUGGAAGAGGUUAAAAUGUUGGAUAAUAGCCUGUUCGGACGGUUAAACGAACCUCAUGAAUCGUAUCUACGAUGGUGCGGUGUUCAACAAGUCAGCCAAUCAUACGCUGGUUAUCAAGCAGAAUACGACGCGAAACGACAACAGCUUCUUCAGUCUUACGAAGAACUGCAACGCGAAAAUCACAAUCUUCGUCAAAAGCAAAACCAUCUCGAUAAAGAUAUGGCUGUGUAUAACGAACGUAGGAUGAGGAUUGCUGAGAGAAGGCGACAUAUGCAUUUAUCUUUGGAAGGAAUUCAUCAUUCUCUGAGAACACUCUCUAAUCUUUAGACUUCUUUAUUUUUAUAUUUUAUAUUUUGUCUCGAUUAUUUAUGAGGCGUCUUAAAAAUUUUAAAAUGGAUAUUGUGAGGGAGGUGCUAGUGGAGUUCUUAAAAUUUUCUAAAUAUUGUGACUUCUUUCUGAAGACUUUUAAUUUAUCUAAUAUUAUUUCUUGAUAUUUUUGCUCUCCUCCUCACUUGCCCUCUUCCAUUGGUAUGGUAUGGAUAUAGCUUAUAUCCUGACAUUGUAAAUUUGUACAAAGUUAAAGUGUUAUUCAUUGAUAUUUAUAUUUUGGA